AUGCCAACUCAGCUUCCGAUUCUGCAUACUGUCUCCUCUGACCGCUUCCUUUGCUCACACACUAGAUUAUACCCUGCUCGACCCACUGACCUCUCCCUCACUGUUGAAGGCAUUGACCUUUCUUCCAUGAAUAUUUGGAGCCCCGGAGGUCGCCGACCCCGAGACGGAGGCCCCGGAAGGAGGCCCGAGAGAGACGGAGGUCGCCCCGGAGGUCGGAGGGCCCCGAGACCCCGGAGAGGCCCCGGAGGUCGACCCCCGAGAGACGGAGGCCCCGGAGGUCGACCCACGAGAAAGGAGGCCCGGAGGUCGAGCCAGAGACGGAGGCCCCGAAGGUCGACCGAGACGGAGGCCCGGAGGUCGACCUCCCAGACGGAGGCCGGAGGUCGACCGAGAAGGAGGCCCGGAGGUCGACCCGAGACGGAGACCCCGGAGGUCGCGACCCGAGACGGAGGCCCCGGAGGACGACCCCGAGUCGACGAGGAGGCCCCGGAGGUCGAGUCCGAGGCGGAGGUAGGCGAGGUCGAAGACGACCCCGGAGGUGAGACGGAGGCCCCCGAGACGGAGGCCCCGAAGGUCGACCCCCAGACGGAGGACCCGGAGGUCGACCCCGACGGAGGAGGUCGCGAGGAGGCCCGAAGGUCGACCCCGAGACGGAGGCCCCGAAGGUCGACCCCGAGACGGAGGCCCGAGACGGAGGCCCCGAAGGUCGACCCGAGACGGAGGCCCCGAAGGCCCGGAGGUCGAGCCGAGACGGAGGCCCGAAGGUCGACCCCGAGACGGAGGCCAGUCCGAGUCGACCCGAAACGGAGGCCCCGGAGGUCGAGCCCCGAGACGGAGGGCCCCGAAGGACCGAGACGGAGGCCCCCCGAGACGGAGGCCCCGGAGGUCGACCCCGAGACGGAGGCCCCGAAGGUCGAGCCCGAGACGGAGGCCCCGGAGGUCGACCCCGAGACGGAGGCCCCGGAGGUCGACCCCGAGACGGAGGACCCCCGAGACGGAGGCCCGAAGGUCGACCCCGAGACGAAGGUUCGACGGAGGUCGACCCCGAACGGAGGCCCCGGAGGUCGACCCCGAGACGGAGGCCCGAAGGUCGACCCCGAGACGGGAGGUCGACCCCGAGACGGAGGCCCCGAAGGGUCCGACCGAGACGGAGGCCCCGGAGGUCGACCCGAAAGGCGGAGGCCCCGGAAGGUCGACCCCGAGAACGGACGGAGGUCGGUCGACCCCGAGGACGAGAAGGCCGAGAGAGUGUGGACCCCGAGACGGAGAGGUCGGGUCGCCCGAGAGGAAGGUCGGAGGUCGACCCGAGACGGAGGCCCGAGUCGAAGGUCCCCGAGACGGAGGCCCCCGAGGUCGGACCCCGAGACGGAGGACCCCGGGGGUCGAUCGAGAUCCGAGACGGAGCCCGACGAGGAAGGUCGAGCCACGGAGGUCGGCCCGAGAGCGGAGGCCCCGGAAGGGAACGUGACGGGAGGCCCCGGAGGUCGACCCGGGAACGGAGGCCCCGAAGGUCGACCCCGAGAGCGGAGGCCCGAAGGUGGCCGAGAACGGAGGCCCCGGAGGUCGACGCCCGAGAACGGAGGCCCGGAAGGUCGACCCCGAGACGGAAGGCCCGCGGAGGUCGAGCCCGAGACGGAGGCCUCGGAGGUCGACACCCGAAACGGGGCCAGGAGGUCGACCCGAGACGGAGGCCCGAAGGUCGACCGAGACCGAGACGGAGGCGGAGGUUCGACCGGUUAG